AUGGCCGGAGGGGAGCGCUCAAGCAAGAUACUGGUGAUGGCGAUGGCGAUGGCGAUGGCUCUUAUGAUGCUAGUGGCCAUGUUUGGGGAGCUUCAAAAUGCCAGUGCAGAUCCGGCACUAGAGAAAUGCUUGAAGGAUUGUAUAAGAUGCUGUGAAGACAAGGAUGAAGCAUGUUUCAUUGAAUGUAGAGUCCAGUGUGCUCACGGCCCUUCUCCUUGUAAUCGAGUCGGGGUAGAUCCAAAAAUUAAGUUAACGAAUCUUAAUGUAUGA